AUGCCUCCAAAGCAGCGUGUCGUCGUCCAGUCCUCCUCCCGCCGAAUCCAGGAUAAACGGGGUUACCUUUCCACCGCAUACCAUGAGCUCACUUCUUCCGAGAACGCUUCUGUAGUAAGAAGUGUUGUUGCAUUCGGGGCUGUAAAUGCAUCCUUUUAUAUCAACUAUGCCGAACGCCGCUUCUCCCUCUGUUCGCAAACUUAUAGCCCUAUCCCCCCCGCCCGCACCGCAAAUCUUCACGAUAGAGAAGCACUUGAACUUGUACUAUACACACUGAAAUGA